UCAUAGAUGCUUUCGCGGAUCGCACACGUUUACUCGACUAUAUUUAUUAUAAAACCUCAUUUUUUUCUAGUUCUUGUUCUCUAUUCAAACUGUCAAAUCUGUUUUUUAUCUAUGCCAGUGAACGUCAUAAUUGCCGCGCGUUUUGACAGGUGACUUUUUUAAUUGUCGUUGUGUUGUGCUGUGAGUGUGUGGAUUGUGGUGGAUACGGUUUUUUAAAGAUGGCGUAAAAACCAGCGCAAAAUGGCGGCGGUGUCCUCCGCGCACUUGCAGGAUCGAAUCAAAAUCCAGGACCACAGCGACGAUGAGCAGGAACCCUUCUCCCCCCACAGGGAGACCAACAGCCCCGAGCCGGAGGAGGAAACGAGACAGAUACACACGUCCCCCUUCUCCAUUCACAAUGUGCUUAAGAAAGAACGAGACAGCAACAGUCCGGAGAACGUUUUCUCAACAGAUAAACUGUUACAGAACACACCGCAUUAUGAGGACAGUCAAUCUAGAAACUCCGAAAGCGUCAGCCCCCGGCUUGAUGAUGAAAAUGCGACUGAAAUAAGCGUCGAUGACAACUCAUGUUGUAGCGACGACACUGUCUUGUCCGUCGGUAACGAAGCGCCAGUCAGUUACGAUAAGUCCCCUGACAACCAGCUCACUUCAUUUAAACACAUACAAACGCAUUUAAACGCCAUAUCCCAGUUAAGCCAAAACCUAAAUAUGAAUCAACCGCUUUUAUUACGACCUAACCCAAUCACGCCAAACCCACUGAUGUUCCUAAACCAACCGCUACUCUUUCAAACGCCUUUAAUAAAUCAUGACCUAAAGAGUGUCCCUAGGACACCCCAAAACUAUAACCCCCAAUACAGCGGGUUCAGACGGAGCCAAGAAUUUUCCAGAACGGAUGAAAACAGGCGGCAGAAUUACGCCAAGUCUCCGGAAGAAUCAGAAGGUGAUUUCAUGAACCAGAGCUGUUUGAAAUUUAGCAUAGAUAAUAUAUUAAAAGCGGAUUUCGGCAGGCGGAUCACAGAUCCCCUAAAUAAGAGGAAGACUGUUAAAGCUAGGUUCGAAGGCAAGAAGGACGUGCCAGUACAAAAACCUGAAGAGGCUAGGGUUCCUGAAGUUAAACCUAGUGAUAAAGGCGCUAUAGAUCUUUCAAAAGCUGAUGACGCGGCGAGCAAUUCUGCAUCUAGUGGAGGGACUACAAGUGGUGAUGGCCCCAUGGUGUGGCCCGCGUGGGUCUAUUGCACCAGGUACAGCGAUCGACCCAGUUCCGGUCGAAGUAAGUAUGGAUCCCAGUCUCAUGGUCCAAGGACUAGGAAGCCUAAGAAACCGCCAGGGGACACUAACAACGACGAGAAGAGACCUAGGACCGCUUUCUCUGGCCCACAGUUAGCGAGGCUGAAGCACGAGUUCGCGGAGAACCGCUACCUGACGGAGCGGCGGCGGCAGGCGCUGGCCGCCGAGCUGGGGCUCGCGGAGGCGCAGAUCAAGAUCUGGUUCCAGAACAAACGCGCCAAGAUCAAGAAGGCGUCCGGCCAGCGCAACCCGCUCGCGCUGCAGCUCAUGGCGCAGGGGCUCUACAACCACAGCACCAUCCCACUCACUAAGGAGGAGGAGGAGCUGGAAAUGAAGGCGAGGGAAAGGGAGCAACAGACGCGGCAUUAAAGGUCUUCUUUUGUGUACCAUUUUGACAGCCCUAGCUUUUUUGUAUCGAUUUUAUAGUCCUUUGGACCUCGUCUCGAUGUGUUUAUGACAUUAUUGUUGACUAGACUGGUAGGUACAUUUUGAGAUUUGUAAAUACCCUAAUAUUUUAUGAUUUUGACAUCAUAGUACCUAUAAAUAAGAAAAUUAUUGAAAUAAGACAAGUCAUAUUUUUAUUCUUGGCAUAGUUAAACCACUGUCCAAUUUAUAUGGGUUCUUCAUUCGAAGUAUUUCUUAUAUAGUAGUUAUGGGGUGACGUGUACAAACAGAUGGACAUCUAUUUGUACACAAUCGCUACGUCAUUUAACCUCAAACUGGACACAGUUUUUCAAAAAAAACCUAGGAGACCUAUAUAAAACGAUGUGUCAUAAACAGUCUAGGGCUCACGUAAGUACAUUUAAUGCUAUUUAAUCAAACACUUGUUAAACCUACCCUACACUAUCUGAAUUUUGUAUAGAUAAUGUAAAUAUUUAGUACAAUUAUUGUUGUAACGUGUGCAUACGCCCUUGAGCAUAGAUUAGGGAGUUAAUGUUUUUAAUUAUAAAAGUACCAUACACGUUUUUAUAACUUAUGGUAAAGCUGAAACUAAAAUAAGAUAAAAUGGGAGUUGUUUUUUCCAUAAUCAACGAAAGCUAGUGCAUUCUGAAAUGGUGAUAUUUUAUUCAAAACGUAUAAUGAAACAUAACAUCACUUAUCAGUCAUUCAGAAAUGUUCAAGAAAAAAUUUGUUAUUCAGUCAGGCAGUUCGUUAUUACAACAAAUAUUUAAAUGUUUCGGUUUUAUUAUAAUAAAAAGAGAGAAAGAAAGAUACCUCUUCUUUCUUUUUCUUUUAUAGUAAAAAACGUGUUGUUUAUAAAAGUAAAACAAUUUUAACGAAGAUUUUUAAAACCUCCGCAAUGCCAUAUAACUAAAUUAUUAAAUAAAAUUAUCUCGACAAAUCACUGCUCUCUUUAUACUAAAUUAUUGUUAAUGAAGCCUCUAUAACGUCUAACUACGACUGUAGCCAUGAAUGGACUGAAACAAUAGCAGUCAUUUAAAAUAUUGUUAAACUACCCUCAAUGAACAUAGAAAUCAAUUUGUAAGGUUAUUGCCUACAAACAGACACAUUUUAACCACAAACGAAAUAUUGUUUUUUACACAUGUAAUAAACAUGUGAUUUUUAAUACUAUUAUAUAUGAAUACUUUUAGUCUGUCCAUACCACUGCUCUCUUCUUGGAAUAAUUAUGAAAUAAAUUGUGUUAAACUUGUAAAAUAAUGGAGACAUUUUGAGGCAUUUUUUUUUUAAUUUUUUUCUAUUACGAUCGUAAAUAUCUCAUUUCGAAAUCUCUUUUAUACUUGUAUGAAAUGUUUGAAUAUCAAAAGCUAGAAAAUAUAUAAAAACAGUAUACAAAUAAUAAUGUAUUUGUUAUUUUAUAUAUUGAUUUUUAAUCCCACUCGUAUUGUAAAGUAAAUAAUUAUUAAUGUAAAUAUAGUGCUAAGUUAUUAUUAAUUAUUAUCGUUAAGUUAUUUAUUGUGCAAUGUAGCAGUAUUAGAUAAUGUCUGUUUGGCAAAGUUAUUGAAAAUUGCUGGAUUCGAAAUCGUGAAACUUUUUAAUGUGACUCUUUUUAACGUUUCAGUUAAUGAUGAACUAGCUUCAACAAUGUUAAAGUUAAAGUAUCUAAAACUUCCAAAAAUAUAUAUAUUUUUUAAUAAUUUUGCCAAAAGUCAUUCACCUAAGUAGUGAUAUAGAAUCGUCCUAUUAAAUGAAAUGUGAGAUA